AUGCUAGCAACAUGUUUAUUCCAAAGCGGUGGGUCAAUUGGCAAGAAUGGACUCGGUUGUGCGGUGUUACGUUUGAAAAUACAAGCUCGAGGCUUUGCACGGACAAGACUGGUCUGUAAGGAGCAUGAGACCCUUACCUGGAACCUAAAUAAUUACCAGAGUACAUUUCCGCAGGACGCUUUGGUCAAUGGCCAGAUAUCUACAUUGAAAAAAUUGCUUGCAAAUCGACAUCACCCGCAGGCGUUAAAAUGUGGCAUAAUCUACGAGUCGGCAAAAAUACGACAACAGUCCAAAGUCGUUGAAGUUUUACUCGCGGACCCCUUGGCAUCGAAUAAUAAAACAUGGUUUGAAAAGAUCUUGCACCGAGACGGACGAGCACGGUACCUGUUUGCCGAGGAAGAGCUCGUGGCAGAUCGUCGGGAUUUCAAAGUACCGUCACCGAUUCUCAGUGGUGUGUAUCGAAGUCGAUAUGGGGACUUGUCUGACACGUCGCAAAACGAUAUUGUCUUGGUAGAAGAAGUUGAUCCACGAAAUUUGGGUUCUACCGUCGAGGAGUUUACGUAUUUUGUCUAUGUUACCAACAGGUUUGAAUCUGCAUCUUCGAGUUUGCCACAGGCUGUCCGAGAUCGGAUAUUGGUGGAAGUCAUUGAUAAUGUCGAGUAUUCUCCCGCGAGCACGGAGUCUACUCCAUUGACAAUUGACAAGUCGCUUCGGACCCAUGUUGUCAAAAUCGAUAGUGAAAAGGCCUUGGAGGGGAUCUUGGCUUUCCUCAAGGACGACGUCAAGGCGACAGAUUUGUUCAUCGAUAAUAUGAGCUCAAGUAAUGUUUACGAGCUUUUCAAGAUUAUUGAUUUUUAUCUGAGGACAAACAGCGCACUCAAGUGGUAUCUCAAUGGCAUCAUUGAGGACAUCCAGAACAAAAUCAAAAGAGAUACCGCAAACGCUGCCGAGACAUCGACGCAAGUACAGGGCGAACUCACAAAUUUCAUCCAAUUUGUCAAUUCGGAACUUCAAUACGAGUUUGAACCAAAGACAAGGCGAUUUAUUCACAAGAACCUAGCGUGGUGGAAAUUGUACUACAAAAAUGACAAUGUCGAGUACGACUUGAAAGACUACUUCAAUGUCAAUUUCAUGCCCAAGAGUAUAGAAAUUUACAACUUUUUGAGAGGCAAGAUGAUGCCCAAUGAGAAAGCUGUGCACAAUCCAUUAUUGACGCUCAAGAAUGAAGUGAUUAAUCAGCGUGUGGGCACUGAGGUCCAACCCGAAGUGCUCUUGAUCCUCAGCAAAGCAUUUGUCUAUUACCAACUCCCAAUCUCACUUCUCGCCGGAUUAGCUUAUCAGUUUUUCGAUUUCAGCGCAAACGCUUCCGUGGCCUUGUUUUCGCUUGGCUGGGUUGUCGGAUUCAACUAUGUUUCGAGGAACUGGAUCAAGUUUAUGGACAGUUGGCUUCAUGGCUUGGUGGAGACCAUCAGGAUAUGCUUGAGCAAGAGCUGCAUUGAGGAUGGACUACUCAAGGAAUCCAAAGCCUACGUCGAGACGGCAGAAACUGCAAACACCAAAAGACAAGCGUUGUUAAAAGAGAUAGAAGCAUACGAGGGUAAAAUCUAA